GGUAUUCUUGAAUGUUACUGACAUUUCACUUCUUUAUUACCAGAUCAUUUUCUACCCUGGAGAGAAAGAUAAACAUCGCCACUUCAACAUUCAGCAACAUUCAUUGUACUUUUAACACAAUGUAUACUAUUUACUGAUGGACAUGUUGAAGUAAUGUGCAACUCUUUGUUUAAGUGACAGCACUGUUAGUCAAUACCAGUUAUCUGCUGUGUUAACGUUAGUGUGUCAGAGGCUGGAUGAGAGGAUUUCUAAUUCUGUAGAGCUGAGUCUUUUUGACAGACUAGCGUAGGUGCUCUUCUGAUGCAGGAGUCCCUUUACCGAUUUCUGCUGCCUGGCCAAUGAGGAGGGGCGCUCCCCUGCCACAUGGUUUCGGGCCACCCCAAAAUAACCUGCGACCAGUGUGCUGACAAAUGUUGCUACUUUUACUGGUGAAAGGUUGCUCCAGCUACUAGCCUUCAAAUCUCCCCCUUCAAACCCCAAGGUUAACUCUGUGUAAAAAGUAGAGGAAGCACGGGCAGCUGCCCUCGGGCCAGUUUCUCCUGGGGGGCCUUCACUGGACAGCCCCGGAAUACGCUCGGCCACGGGACAAAACACACACACGCCCCACGCACGUACACAGGUGUGCUUCAAGGACUGCCUGAUUCAGGAGCAGCCUCCUCCGGGUUAAAGAGAAAGAGGCACACAGAAGAACAGAAUGGACCAGCCCACAUCACUGUCACAGUUUUUGCGGGAAAACUACCUGGCAGAGGCCAGAGCUCACCACAGACACGGAGAAGGGGGUCACUCGGACUCGUCCCCCUCGCGGCGUCUCCUGUACGGGACUCUCAAAGGCAAGGCAGAGGAUUCUGGGACGCGUGAGAAUACUCAGUUCCCCGAUCUGUCCGCUUUUCUCAGUCAAGAGGAGCUCGACAAAAGUGUCAACCUUGCCAGAGAAGCCAUUGGUCACGAGCCCCAUGAGAAUGAAACGUCCAAUGAGGCCAAACCUCCACAGACGGCCCCCUCUGUGGCCCCAGCGAUGACCUCGUCUAUUAUCAACCCCCCUGCGGACAAAACUGAGAACACCUCACUAACACAGCCAUUCACAUCAAACAGACAAGCGCUCCAAAACCCAACGCCCCUCCAUGACGGUGUGAUGAGGAACAACAGAGUUCCCAGGGAGCCCUCUCAGGACUUCAAGCGGCCCAUUAGGAACCAGCCUUAUGGCCUUGAGACUCAGUCCAAAAAGGAGUUCCUCAACAAAGCGGCCGACUUCAUUGAGGAGCUCUCCUCGCUCUUUAAGGCCAACAGCUCCAAGAGGGUACGGCCACGGUCCUGCAAGGCCCACAGGAGCAGGAACAAGCCCCAGCCGGACGGCAUGGCCUUCAGUCUCAAUGUGGCUGAUGAGCGGGAGAGGCCCAUUCACUCCUUCAGCACUGACCCGUCAGAGGCCCUGUGUGAGGACUUUGCCCAACAGGAAGUGGAAAUGACAGAGCAGGAAACGUUCAUGCCCGGGGAUGAUGCCCUGGAGGAGGAAGCUGCGGCCGAAGGUGAGGCCAUGGCCGAGGUCGAGGGUGAUGCUGAGGCUGAGGCCAUUGCUGAGGCAGAGAAUGAGAACAUGGCCUUGCUGGAGGGCCAGACCUCAGAGGAGCCCGUCUAUGAGCCGCCCCACUUCAUCCAGAAGAUUAAAAGCCGAGAGGUUCCUGAGGGAAGCAAGGUCCAGCUGGACUGUAUUGUGAGAGGUCUCCCUGUGCCUGAAGUUCGAUGGUUCUGUGAGGGGAAAGAGUUAGAGAACAGCCCUGACAUCCAGAUCAUCAACAAUGGAGAACAGCACUCCCUGAUCAUAGCUGAGGCAUUUGAAGAAGACACAGGACGCUACUCCUGCUUCGCCUCCAACUUCUAUGGCACAGAUUCAACAUCAGCAGAGAUUUAUAUUGAAGGUGCCUCCUCUUCAGAUUCUGAACCAGAGCAGCAUUUUGACCAUUUAGCACAGGUGCAAGGGAAAGCAGUCCAGUCCCAAACCACAUUGCCUUCAGCCUCCAGCAGUCAGGCUAAUGCGUUUGUUGAGGACUCGUUGUCUGCGCCGGCAACAGUUUAUCCUGAAGCUGCGCCACCCUCAGAGGUUUUCACACAGCCAGCCACCAGCGAGGAGCUGUGUCCACCUCCACCUGCCCAAGUCCUUUCCACACCCCUGCCCACUACCCAGGUGGUGUCUCCACUGGCCGCCCCGCAGCUUGAGCCAGCUCCUCUGACGAUCCAAGACACCAGCGUGCCAGUCUUCACCCAGGAGAUUCCUCUCGAGCCUCCCUUACUUGAGCAGCCAGAGGUCACCCAGGUGGCCUCUGCAACGGUUAGCACUCAGUUGGACUCAAGCCCACCACUGCUGCCCCCCCUGGGCGUCCCCUCCUCUUCCCCCGCCUUGACCGCGCCUCUGGCCAUCCCCGAGGACACAGCGGCACCUUUGGCUGAAGUGCUUCCCACAUCGCUACCUCCACUUGUGGUGUCCACCCAGUCCAAUGGACUCGAGGGUCAGAAUGGAGGCAGCUAUCCGCAAGGUUUAGAUGGAAGGCCAAUCAUGGCGGCCCCUGUUUUUACAAAGAGUUUACAGGAUGUGCUUGCGUCGGAGGGCCAGCUGGUGGUGCUAGAGUGCCGGGUGAAAGGAGUGCCCUCCCCGAAAGUGGAGUGGUACAGAGAGGGGACUCUCAUAGAGGACUCGCCUGACUUCAGGAUCCUGCAGAAGAAGCCCAGGUCUUUGGCAGAAUCAGAGGAGAUAUGCACUUUGGUUAUUGCUGAAGUCUUCCCUGAGGAUUCUGGGACGUUCACUUGCACGGCCAGUAAUAAGUAUGGCACAGUCUCCAGUAUUGCAGCACUGAAAGUGAAAGGCAAUGACACCAACACAAAUCAUGUAAAAACACUGUCCAGCCUAAAUCUGGAGACCACGCUCAGCAAAGUGUCUAAACAGACAACCUCGGAGUAUAAGGCAUCCAGUGUGAAGUCGCAGCUGGACGGCUCCCUGACCAACUGCAACAAGGCUUACUCCAGUACCCUCUCCCUCCAUCCCCUCAGCAGCGGCCACCACUUAGACGCCUACAGCACCAGCAUGCCCAGCCUUGACCCACUAAGCCUCGGCAGCCCACACCUCGACGCUUUUAGGUCCACCCUGCCCCGUGCCGCUGACCCCACCAGCUUCAGUAUGCCGCGCCUCGACCCGCUGAGCAUUAACCAGAGCGCCGCGCCAUACCAGCCCCCCAGCUCCCGCCCCCUCCAGCUAAACUCCACCGCCGCCAGCCUCUGGCCUAACAACCAUGCGGCCGACCCCGGUCCACCCGCGGAGCCCGGCCCCGUCCCCAUCCCAGCAGCCCCCGCUGAGCCUCUAACCUCUUGCCUCAAACCCCAGCUGGACCAGCCCUCAGCACGAGACCCCGAAGCCCAGACCCUCCUCUUCUGCAAUCCCCCCGUGGGCGCCGUGCCUCUGCUCUCUAGGGCUGAGAGCAAAGCCAAGCCGCCUGAGCCAAAAUGCACUAUACCCCUCCCAGAUCCCCCUGCGUCCUGCCUCAAGUCCAGACCGGAGGGCGUCCUAGUGAACCACAGAGAGCCACGGUCAGCGUCACGCGUAGGCCUACGGGUGCACUUCAGACUUCCAGAGGAUGAGGAGGAGGAAGAGGUGGAGAGUGGGGACGGAUCCAGCGCCCAUGAGGACCCCUCACCCAAGGAGCCACCCCCUGUACUGGCCAAACCCAAACUGGACCCUGUUCAGCUCCAGCUGCUCCACAAUCAGGUGCUCUUGGAGCAGCAGCAGGAGGGUGGCCCCCCGAGCCAGGACAAGCCCCAGCCCUCCCCCUCCCCCUCCCCCUGGGCCAGCAGAUCCCCUCAGGAGGCUCCAGCAGCACCACUCCACUCACCUUUCACUGACUCGUCCUGUGUGCUGCCCAUAACACAUGCACCUGUGCAGGCCAGGCCAGCCCCGACCCCAAUCCCACCUCCCGCUCCCCAGGACUCGAGGCUGGUUCCCCAGUUCAGUCCAGCAGCUCCUCCUGUUCUAUCUCCCAUGAUGCCUCGAGUGGCGUCCACCUCCGCACCUCCUGUUAGCAUGUCUGCACCCACAGCACCCAAGCUGGCAGCCCCCCCAGUCGCCCAGAUGCCCCCAAUGAAUAUGGCUGGCCUGAGUGUGAGUGCGGCCCCUCCGCCCCACAUGAGUCCCAUGGCUCCUCCCACCUCAAUGCCACGCCCCUACAGCACGAGCUACAUGCCCGCGGUGGGCGCUCCGCCUGUGCCCAAGUUCAUGACCGCACCCACGUCACCGAUGAGCGUGGCUCCCUCGUCUCUGCCCACCGUCAGCUCGUCGAUGCUCAACAUCGCUCCGCUGACCCCUCUGUCUCCGGUGCUGUCCAAACCCCCAGUGGCGCCGCUGAGUCCACCUCCACCUGUAGCCCAAGCUCCAGCGCCCCAGCAUAGCCUCCCGCCACUUCCACCCGUCAGCUCCCUGUUCACUGGCGCCAGCAACUCCCAGAGCUUCAGCUACGCCCGACCCAAAGAGUUCAUCGCCGCCCAGACCCUCUCCCCCGUGAGGAGCCCCUCUCCCACUGAGUCGCCGGUGCCCCUGCUCCACGAGCUGGCUGCCGAGCUCAACCUCAAGCUGGCCCGGGAGAUGGGCUCUCCGCUGAGCCCGGCCUCGUCCGUCUCCAACUUCCCCACGUCUCCGCGUGUCUUCCACACCAGGGUGCUGGAGCCCCCCACCAGCCCCACGUACGUCUCCUCCCCGACCAUGAUUCCUCCUGCCUUCCACAACACCCCGUUUAUACGGGCCCAGUCACCCCCCCAGGCCUCGUCCCCGAGCUCCAGCAGCUCCACGCCCAGCCCCAUCCAGAACCCCGUGGCCUUCCUCAGCAGCGUCCUGCCCUCGCUGUCCUCACUGGGGGGAUCCCAGUCCACCAACUCCAUGGGCCUGCCAAAGAGGGCCCCCAUUGUGCCUCAGAGCAUUCUGAGGAAGACAGCGCGAAGCCAGCGGCUUCCAUCAGAUGAGGAUAUCCGUGAGAGUAAAGAAAGCCUCAUUCACGAUAUCGAGAAAAAGCUGAGAUUUAAAGAAGACACUAUACGCCAAGGGGCACAGAAGCUGCCCUAUGAGGGGAAAGCAGCGAGCAGACCUCUUGGACCAAACAUUCCCACUGCAACUGUCAUUAACUAUGACGAGGAGUACAAGGUGUCGAACUUCGAGCAGAGGCUGAUGAGUGAGAUUGAGUUCCGUCUGGAGAGGACCCCAGUGGAGGAGUCGGAUGACGACGUGCAGCAUGACGAGAUCCCCACGGGCAAGUGCAUCGCCCCGCUCUUCGACAAGAAGCUGAAGAACUACCGGGCGAUGGAGGGAGCUCCUCUCACAUUCACCUGCAAAGUAGUUGGAAUCCCCAUCCCAAAGGUCUACUGGUUCAAGGAUGGGAAACAGAUUCUAAAGAAAAAUGAUCACUACAAGAAAUACAGGGAGGGCGAUGGAACGUGUGCUCUGCACAUAGAAGCAGUCACUAAUGACGACGACGGCAACUAUACAGUCAUGGCUGCCAAUCCACAGGGGAGGAUGAGCUGCUCUGGCCAUCUGAUUGUCCAAACGGGUCCUGUGCGGAGUCGGCAGCAAAUUAUUAACUCUCAGAGAGUACGGGCUCGGGUCCAGGAAGUGGAGGAAGGAGAGCCAAUCCAGGAGCGCUUCUUUCGGCCUCACUUCCUGCAAGCUCCAGGGGACAUGGUGGCCCAUGAGGGGCGGCUCUGCAGACUGGACUGCAAGGUGAGUGGGUUACCAAACCCAGAGAUCAUGUGGUUACGGAAUGGGCAGCCCAUUUAUCCAGACUUCACUCACCGGAUGCUGGUGAGAGAAAACGGCAUCCACUCGCUCAUCACUGACCCGCUGACUAAGAAGGACGCUGGCACCUACACCUGCAUCGCCUCCAACAAAGCUGGCCAGAGCUCCUUCUGCCUCGAGCUGAGAGUCGUGGAGAAAGAGAUGAAACACCCGCCCCAGUUUGUGGAGAAGCUGCAGAACACAGGCAUCGCCGAGGGUAUCCCCGUCCGACUAGAGUGCAGAGUCGUGGGCAUGCCGGCACCGGUCAUCUUCUGGAAAAAAGACAAUGAGACCAUUCCCCACUCUAGAGAUCGUAUGAGCAUGCAUCAGGAUGCCACUGGAUACGUUUGCCUUCUCAUCCAGCCUACCAGGAAAGAGGAUGCUGGGUGGUACACAGUUUCAGCCAAGAAUGAGGCUGGCAUCAUUUCAUGUACAGCAAGGCUAGACAUUUAUGCUCAGUGGCACCAGAACAUCCCUCCACUCCCCCAGAAGAAGAGCACGCGCCCGGUGAGCCGCUACGCUGCGCUGACUGGCCAGGGCCUGGACAUCAAGUCAGCCUUCCCCUCCAGCGACAACUGCCCCAUCCUCUUCGCCAGUUCCCCCACGGAGGCUACCCUGGAGAGCGAGGAGCUGUGAGGGGGGGAAAAAAGGGGGGGGGGGUGCUUCGGGACUCCCACCCAGCCAGCUCUCAACCCCUCAGACACCACCUGUAGACUGUGCCAGAACAAGUCUAGUAUGUUUUUUUGCAGUUUGAUUGUUGUGGUUGACUGUGCUUUCACAGGGUAUAUUCAAAGAGAGUAAUUGCUAGUCAACGAUGCUGUUGUUGCUCUUCGGUCAUCUCUCUAUUUUGUUAUGUUCGUCCUAUCAGGCACGUUGAUAAAAAAACAAAAGUCACAGUUUGCUUACAGUAGUGAUCUCAGUGUGAGGAUUCGUCUCACCACUUAGUGUUGGGGUUGCAUAGUACGGUACGGAAGCCUACAAGUGGCUGCCAGUGGUGGAAAGUAUGCAAUGUCAUGAGUGCCAUUUAGUAAUCUCAGUCACUCAUUUCAGAAAGCAGAGGUUUCAUCUCUGCACCAUUCCAAAUGAAUAAAACUAGAUAUUGCUGAUCGAUAGCUAAACUAGUUGUUGGGCUUCACUUCUUUCUCCACUGACUGCCACUUGAGGUUUACCAUUCACAAAUGCAAGGAUGAUAGAUGGUAGUUUAGCAUGACUUCAAAGAGCUCACAAAUCAUUUGAACUGAGUUUAAACUGGGAAUCUUCCUGCUUGAUGCUAUGCAGUUCUAAUGGAAUAUUUUGCAAAUCAACAGAUUUUAAUCGCCUUUUGGAUUUUGUGAACAAAUUCAGCUAAAUCCAGUACAUUUAAAGUGACCACACCAGUUGCCUAUCAGUAAUCAUAGACAGUACUGAAAUUAUACCAGUGUUGCAUUGUUGUAAAGAUCUUAAUAUCUUAAAGAGUCAUAUGACUGCAUAGUUCAAAUACAUGAUCAUAUUUCCAUUGUUAAAACAUAAUCUUUAUUUACUUAAAGUGACGGCCUCCAUACUCUUGUGGAAAGGUAACAGUGCAGAUUAAUGUGCUGAAUAAUGUACUGAAGGCUGAAUACUACUUUAUUUCUCUUACUGAACGUUUGCACAACACCUUAGAUGAGAGUUAUUUAAUAUACAAUAUAUAAGAUAUAUAAAAUUUGCCAUUUUGUGAGUUACAAUUUUGUCAACAUAUAUGUGCACUCUUCAAGAAAGCUUUAUAAGACGUUUUUGAAUGGGAUUCAUUGAGAGCCGUGUACGCUGGGUGGGUGUGUGGAGAACACUUGAGUUGAAAUGUUAUUUAAUAGAUUUAAUGUUUUAAGGCAAAUAUUCAAUUUGUGUAAAGUUGCACCAUGUAAAAUAGAUGUCCUUUUCUGUGAAUAAAGUUCUAUUUAUUCAAAGAAAUGUAUUAUAUUU